CCGCAAUUUGGACAAAAUAUUUCUCACUUUUACUUUAGAUGAAAAUCCAAACGAUUUCACUUGUAAUCACGGCGCCAUGCACCAGCAAAUGGAAACUGAUAAGCCGAAACUUGGCGAUGAUUUAAUAUCCAGCAAAAAACCACAAUCUUGGAACUAAUCAGCUUUCUUGCUUUCCUCUCGAAACUAGUGCCAAUGAUUGAGUUGUAAGUUGUAAGGAGCUUUUAGUAGUAUCUUGAAGUAGAGAUGGAGCGGUGGCGAGAUCGCGUUGCUGUUGUUACGGGCGCAAGUUCCGGUAUCGGAGCGGCAAUCCUCACGGAUCUAGCCAAAGCGGGCGUAAUCGUGGUAGGAUUAAGUCGGCACCCCGACCGUAUAAGAUCAUUUGAUUUAACCCCCGAAGCUCAGAGUCGCGUGCACCCUGUGCAAUGUGAUGUCACCGUUGAGGAAGCUGUGAAAGACACAUUCAAGUGGGUUGAAGACAACCUCGGCGGAACAGAUAUCCUGGUCAAUUGCGCAGGAGUGUUCUAUCAAGGCCGGUUAAUUGACGAACACUUAACACCGCAAAUAAAAGAAACGUUCGAUGUUGAGAUAAUGGGGACGUUAUUUUGUACACGGGAAGCUUUUCAAUCAAUGCAGCGACGGAAUUUCGAUGGACAUGUUGUAAAUAUCAAUAGUGUCGAUGGUCAUCACGUUGUGAAUCUUCUGCAAUUUGACACGAAUUUUUGCACGAACUACGCGGCAGCGAAAUUCGCGUUGACCGCGAUGACUGAGGUGUAUCGACAGGAGUUCGCCAACGCUGGCACAAAGGUUAAGAUUUCGAGUGUUAGUCCUGGAUUGACCAAUACAACAAUUGGGGAUCACUUCAUUUCCAUGGUGGACAUGCCUGUAUUGAACCCAGCGGAUGUGUCAAAUGCAGUUUUGUAUUGUCUUGGAACACCUCCACACGUUCAGGUGCAUGAGCUCAUCAUCAAACCGAUAGGCGAAGUCUUUUAGGAGCAUUUUCUAAGCUAGCAAAAAUUGAAGCCGAAUUGUUUAAGAGUUUACAUGAGUGACCGUGAU